AUGUACAAACUGCUAACUUUAUCUCUGGUAUGUACGAGUGUGGUCUUUGGUAAUCCAGCAGCAAAGCAGGGGAAAGAAGCUCGCAAACCACGCGAAUAUAUCGAAGGCUACGAGCACGCUAAUCAUGGAGCAUAUGCCUUUCUGGCUGACUUGCCAAACGCUAAGCUUGGUAAAUUCGACAGCUACUCGGCUCCAUCCCACCCGACUCAUUACAAAACCGGGUUCAGCGUUGGCGGAGGCCUAGUUUCUAUCGCGCGUGGUGCUGCUGAUCAAGCAAGAACUCAAGUCAGCCAACAACACUCAGCAGCUGGACAAGCUGCUUACACCGCGAAGAACCAAUUGGCCCAAGCCGCAGCACAAUCCGCAGCAACAGCAGGCGCAGCGCUUGCUGGAAAGCAAAUUAUUCUUUCAGGUCUUGAACAACAAUCCCGUGACGCCCAUGUAGCAGUUGAUGGUGAAAAGAUGCAGCUUCAACAGGCAGCGAGAGCUGCAGCUGCUGCUAGGAAUGCAGCCCAGCAAGCUAUGCAUCAAGUUCAGGUUGCUACCACCGCUUUGAACUCUGCUCAGGCAACUGCUGACCACUCAGCUCAAGCUGCUGCUGAGGCUGCCGCUGAAUUAGCUGCUCAGACCAGCAUGGUAGGUCAGGCCAAGGCCCGUGCCAAGACUAUUGAUGAACAACUCGCUGCAGCCCGUCUUGACUUCCUUGCGACUCAAUCUGCCAACGACAAGGCCACUGCUGCUGCUCAAUUAGCUCAAAACAACGCUGCUGCUGCUGCUGCUCAUGCUGCUGAAAGUGCUCAAGCUCUUGCUCCUUUGCCUUCUGUUGCUGAAGAAGAAGAUCACCACCACGACGAUCUUCAUGACGUUCAACCCGAUGCUCACUAUGAUGCUCACCACGAUGGUCAUGGUCACCUCGAUGGUCACCAUGAUGCCACUUAUCUCGUUGAACACCACCAACAAGAACCAAUCCACGAAGUUCAUGGUCAUGCUCACGGACAUGUUCAUGCUCCAGUCCACGGUGUUGCUCACUUGCAACCAGUUCACUACGCUGAUCAUCAUGAUGACUCUUAUGCCCCUCACAAGAAUUCUCUUCACGCCCAACACAACGGAGCAGCCUACGUAGAUAAUUAUGAUUACAAAGGAUAUUAUUAA